AUGUUAGAACUUAAUAAAAGUAACAUUCACAAAAAUUCUUCUUUACGUGAUUUGUUUGAUGGUUUUCGCCAACGGUGGAAGAAUGAGAUCAAACUUGUUGAAGCAUAUAAACUCGAAAAAGUACGAUCAGUUUCUUGUACUCAGUUAGUUGUUGAUCGUUGGUUUGAUCAUCUGGAAAGUGUGUUGGCGAAAUUGCAGUUGUUCAAUUCACCUGAUGCAAUAUAUUAUGUAGACGAGUCUGCUUUUGGUGAUGAUCCUGGUCGCAAGCAAGUAAUUAUCAAGAGAGAUUCGAAAUAUGCUACAUGCACACAAGGUGGUUCAGGAAAAAGUUACACAACUUUGAUCAUGUGUACAUCUGCAGCAGGAAACACAACGAUAUUACAACCAUUGGACGUUGUAACUCUGUCGAAACUUAAGCAAGCGUGGAGAAAACUCUUAUCGAGUCAUUUUCAAAAAACGAAUUCUCAAUCGCUCACUAAACAAACAUUUGCACUUUUAAUAUUACAAUUGUUUCGAAAUCAUUUAUUACCAGGUCAUUGUUCUGCUGGAUUCGCAAAAUCUGGAAUAUAUCCUUUCGAUAGACGUGCUGUUUCAAAGGAGAAACUUCUUCAACCUUUAGCAACAUCAGGUGUUGAUGAAUCAACACCUCAAUCGAAUACAACUGAUGAUAUUUACAACACUCCACCAAGAAUUACAUCUCAUUAUCGUUUACGUCGAUCAUCAUGUCCAAACAAUAUCUUCUUUAAACUAAAUAACAAUUCAUCGUCAAUCAAUGGUAAUCUUGAUAUAAAUACAAAAACUAUCAAUAACAUCGACAUAGAUUUGUCUACAGUUGUUUCCACAACAUUGGAUGUCGAAAACUCAAUUCCUUUGCCUUCGAUGAAUUCGUUGAAAACUAAUGAUCUUAUUCCAAUUUCUGUCCCUAAUCUUCAUCAUCACACUAAUCCUGUAUCAACAACUAUCGAAUUAACUUCCACAGCAGUUAUAGAUACUUCAUCAGCACUAUCUGAUGCUAUGAGAGUGCUUUACUCUCAUGUUGAUCAACCAGUGUUUCCCGAAUCGAUUUACUCAUCCGUAACAUCAUCUGAUACUGGUCUGUUGAAUGAAAAUCCGUCAGUUGCUGAUACUAAUCUGUUGAAUUGUCAAAGUGAUGAUCAAGGUCUUCAAAUAGCAUGUACAGUUUCAUCAGCUGUGCCAUCACCUAUGAACUGCAUCGUUUCGAAUGAUGAAACACUCAGUGCUUUAACGAAACCUAUUGAUAAACAUAUGGCUCCUUCAAUCACUCAAACUAAUCAUAAAAAGAAACAAGUAGAACGUCCUUAUGGAGAAAGCAUCACGAGUGUUGAUGCUUAUAUGAAAAUUUAA